AUGGUAAAUGUGACGAAAGGAGUUUUGGUUGAAUGGUAAGUUUUUUCUUCGUACAACUUUGGAAACCAAUUUGCUAUUAUAAAGACUCUCCUAGCUUACCUUAUAAAAAUAUUAAGUUUAAGAUUCCAGCUCUUUCCGUAAUUUCUAACUCGUUUACCUCUUCUUUUACAUUGACUAACAACGCUUUUCGCUGUCUCUUCUUUGGCUAAAUUUAAUAUUUUAGAUUAUCCCCGCGUUUUUGGUUUAUAAAACGUUGAAAGAAGUGUCUGAUAGGUUGCAAUUACUGCUCACCAUCACCUCCUCAGCCCCAACCCCCUCCCCCCCCCAAACACACAUGCACCUCCUCCACCUGGGAGAACUUUUGAUCAUGAGAAUAGACCCUUUCCCAUUUAUUUUCCCUUUUUUAUCUUUUGACAUGUUCCAGUGAAAAACCAGUGACACUGUGUUUAUUUUGUGGUGCGUGUUUCAUUAUUUUGUUGUGUGUAAUGUUAGUCGAGAUGCAGCUCUGUGAAAACUGAUCCAAGGUCAAACAAGAAAGUGGCUUGUCACAGGCAGACCACCCUCUGUUAGUGGGGUUGAUUGAAAUCCGAGUCUCUCUCUUUAGAAAUACAGAUGAACAAUACAGUGGCUGUAAUUUUCUCCAAAAUGCAGAUUUUAACCGGAUUUCAAUCAACAAUGGCCCCACUAACAGAGGGUGGUUUCGCUGUGGGCUUAUGUGUGAUUGGAGUGUGAGUGUGAUGAAGUUGCAGUGGUUGUCAAAGUGCAAUUUAGGAAGACUUUCAUUUGUUGUGAGUGCUGCAGACUCAAGAAAUAAAUCAAAACAAAUUUGGUCUGUGGCAGUAAAGCAUAUUUUCCAGCGCAAAGAGCUGAAAAAAAAACAAAGCAAAACAAAAAACUGCAGGCUGUCUUAAACAGGAAACUGAAUGAUGAGUGUCCUUUCUGUACUUUUAGCACUUUUGGCCCUAUUUCUUAAGUAAGCAACAUUUACAUGUACUUCAUUGCUAAUAAGCAUUUUGUUAUAUAUACCACGGUCUUUGGGUUGUCUUUGUAUUAAUGUUCUCUUAGCCUGGUAACACCACAAAUUUACAUAUUUUAAUAUCUUUUCCCUUAUAGCGAUCCUGCAGUAAAGCAAUUUCUUCUUCACCUCGAUGAGAAAAUAACUUUGGGCAGAAAGUUUGUGAUUGAGGAUUUGGAUGAGACCCACCUGUUUGUAUCGGCAGAAAUUGUUCCAAUUCUGCAAGAAAAAGUAUGGGAAAUCAUGGAUAACAAUUCAUUCAAUGUCACACAGAACAACUGA